GAGAGAUGGCAGGCACGCUGCGCAGGUUAUAAUAACGGUGGAAUCCAAAUCCAGACCCGUUCGUGAGAGGGCUAGCCUAGCUUCCGACCUCAGAAUGGCGGAAGAAAUCUUUUGUCGACGAGAAUGCGAUGGUGCUCGGCGUUACCUGUGCGGCGUUGGCGGCCAUGGCAUCCAAACAUUCGACUGAGACAUCCCAUCGCCAUCGCUCGAUCGCAGUGGCUAGUAUUCUUAGGUUCAACGACGUGACACCGGCACGCAAGAAGGAUGAUAAGAGACCCGUAAUCUCUGGUCGAGUCAGACAUGCAGUCCACCUAUUGCUAGCGUUCUUUUGGGGCCACUACUAGUUAGCCUGGCGCUGGAGGAGAUUUGUUGGCAGCACG